AUCUCCGGGUGGAUAAUAUGUUAAAGGACUGCAAUUCUUUCAUUUUAUCGUCAGCCAUGGAUACUCUCUCAGCCUCCGUUUCAUCUUUCAACCUCCCUUCUCUCCCUCCACAGCCGCAACCACCGUUGAGAUCCAUCUCCCGCCGCUUUAAAUCCACAGUUAACGCUGCCGCCGCUUCGGCUUCAUCUACCAAUCUUUCAAAACCAGCAUCGACGUCAUCACCUUCUUCCUCAUCAUCAUACUCACACAACAACAAAAACCCUAGUUUCUCCAGAGCAAUCUCGUUUCCGCUUCCGCAGACAAAACCCUCGAGAGUUGCUACUCCUCCGGUGCACGAUAAAGCGGCCUCAGGGUUUGCUGCGGCGCUCGUGAGCGUUUGUCAAUCGAAGAAUUGUCUUGGUCGGACUCAAGAAGAUGUCAGAAGAUUGAUGGAGUUUCUUGUGGGAGAAGAUAAGAAGAGGAACAAAGUCAUCUUAGUCAACGAUGUGGUUGAGAGAGGCAGAUUUGGUAAACACAUAAAGGGCUUGGUCAAGAUGUUGAUGACAAGAGGUAAAUCUGGGAUUCUGGUUGAUGUCUUAAUGGAAUUUGAGAGAAUCUGUAAUGAAUUAGUCUUUGUUGAUUCAACAAAACUUGUCCGGGUUGCUUGAUGAUAACAUACUGAGUUUAUACACAAAAAAAUCAUAGACUAUAUUAAAUCCAAAGUUUGCUUCUUUGGUUAAGGUCUUAAUUGACUUUGAGAGAAUAUGUAAUAGAUUUUCUUAAGAUUAUAUCAAAUCCAAACUUUGUUUUUUCGUCCA